AUGCUCCCCGAGGCAGGUUCCCUGUGGCUGCUGAGGCUGCUCCGGGACAUCCAGCUGGCCCAGUUUUACCGAUCCAUACUCGAGGAGCUGAAUGUUACCCGCCCAGAGCACUUCGACUUCGUAAGACCUGAGGACCUGGACGGCAUCGGCAUGGGCAGGCCUGCCCAGCGCAGACUGGCUGAAGCUCUGAAGAGGCACCGUGUCAGGCACAAGCCUAAGAACUGGGUCUACAAGAUCCUUGAGGGGUUUGCCCCUGAGCAGAAGGAGAGCACCCCACCCUCAGACAGCCCUCCAUUCCUCCCUGAGCCAGAGGGGGGACUGAAGUGUCUGAUCCCAGAUGGCGCUGUGAGCAGAGGAGAGCUGCUGGGCUCUGGCUGCUUUGGCGUGGUACACCGAGGGCUGUGGACGCUGCCCAGCGGUCAGAGUGUCCCAGUGGCUAUCAAGUCCCUCCGGGUGGCUCCGAAUGGCCCGGUGGGGACAGAGCUGAGGGACUUCCUUCGAGAGGUGUCUGUCAUGAUGAAUUUGGAGCACCCACACUUGCUGCGUCUGCAUGGGCUCGUACUGGGCCAACCUCUGCAAAUGGUGAUGGAGCUCGCACCGCUGGGCUCCCUGCACGCGCGCUUGACCGCUCCGGCCCCUACACCCCCGCUGCCCCUGGUCCUGCUCUGCCUCUUCCUGCGGCAGUUGGCGGGGGCCAUGGCGUACCUGGGGGCCCGCGGGCUGGUGCACCGGGAUCUCGCUACACGCAACUUGCUGCUGGUUUCACCCUGCACGAUCAAGGUGGCCGACUUCGGGCUGGUGCGCCCUCUGGGCGGUGCCCUGGGCCGUUACGUUAUGGGCGGGCCGCGCCCCAUCCCCUAUGCCUGGUGUGCUCCAGAGAGCCUUCGCCAGGGGGCCUUCUCUUCUGCCUCGGACGUGUGGAUGUUUGGGGUGACGCUGUGGGAGAUGUUCUCUGGGGGCAAGGAGCCCUGGGCCUGGGUCCCGCCCUACGUCAUCCUACAGCGGCUGGAGAAGGACCAAGCCCGACUGCCUAGGCCUCCUCUCUGCUCCAGGGCCCUCUACGCCCUGGCCUUGCGCUGCUGGGCCCUCCACCCUGCUGACCGGCCUACCUUCUCUUGCCUGGAGGGCCUGAUCCAAGAGGCCUGGCCUCCUGAGGGGCAUUGCGUGAGGGAUGUCACAGAGCCAGGGGCUCUGAGGAUGGAGCCUGGUGAUCCCAUCACUAUCAUCGAGGGCAGUGCCUCUUCCGGCAGCCCCGGCUCCACAACCUGGAAGGGCCAGAAUGGUCGCACACUGAAAGUAGGCAGCUUCCCAGCCUCAGCCGUGACGCUGGCAGGCUUGAGGGACUCGCCAGCCACCUGCCCAGUCCACCGAGGCUCCCCUGCCCGGGGAGAGCAAAGACGAGGAAGCACGGAUGGGGUCCGACCGAAGGCAAAGCUUCGGGAGCUACCUCCAGCAAAGGGUCAGAGAAGGAACGUGCCCCUUCAGAGGAUAAAAGGCAUUUCCAAGAGUCUGGAAUCUGUUCUGUCCCUGGGCCCAUGCCCCACGGGGGGUGGUUCAAGCCCCCCCGAACUUCGACAUGCCCGAGAUGUGCCCCAGGGACCCCCAGGCCUGUCAGCCCGCCCUCCCUUUGCCGCCAGCUCUUCUCAGCUCAGCCAGCCCCCCAGGGAGCGGCCAGCUUGGCCCAAAAGAGAACCUCUGUACAAUAACCCCUUGGAAGUACCUGGAGCCAGCAAAGCCGCUGUUUCUGAUCCUAAGUUGCAGAAGAGGGUUAUGGAGGUGGAGCUGAGUGUACAUGGGGUCACCCACCAGGAGUGCCAAGUGGCACUAAGAGCCACUGGGGGAGAUGUAGUUUCUGCCAUCCAGAACCUUAAGGUAGACCAGCUCUUCCACCUGAGUAGCCGGUCCAGAGCCGACUGCCGGCGCAUCUUGGAGCAUUACCAGUGGGACCUCUCAGCGGCCAGUCGCUAUGUUCUGGCUCGGCCCUGAGCUUUGCUCCCUUAGACAUGGACA